AUGGAUCGGACCGAGGGGGGCCGAGACUCUCCGCAGGACUCCAAGCUUCUGUCGGGGCACGGCGGCGCAGAAAGGGGUGGGGAAACUGGCGAGCCCCCUCCUGAUGAUGAUCAAGUGAAAUUUGAUCCGACACCGGCGUUACCAGCAGUAGGAGAUAGGGCGCCUGCCACGGUAGAGCUGUAUCCAUCGUAUGUCCGACCGCCGCCGGGGGCGGACGACGGCGGGAAGCAGCAGGAGGGACAGGAGCGAGAGACGGAGAGGGGCUACGAAGGCGGAGAUCGUGUCAGACUUCUCGUUGGAAGUUUCAACGUGGGAAAUAGCCCGCUGACUGAUCUCGCUCCGUGGCUGCCGUACGGAGGGAAGGGGUUCGAUCUCAUCGUUGUCGGUCUUCAGGAGAGCACGUACAGGCCCCCUAGAGGCGCACGAGACUCGUCGCCGUUCCAGCGCACACUGAGCCUCAGCCCCAGCAACAGCCUCUCGCCGAUCAAGACAGGCGGCGGCGGCGGCGGUGGCGGCGCCGCCGGCGGUAGCAGCCGCUCCCCGCUGCGGUGGGGGGCCAUGCAGAGCGGAGACCCGGACGAUACCCCCCCCCCGGGGGCCGGGCUGCUAGCGUCAUCGUCCCUCUCGAUGUCGGCGGAAACUCCACCCGCGCCGCCGCUAUCGUCGCCGCCGCCCCCGCCAUCAUCCGGGUUUCUUUACCGCAAGCGCCGGGGAUCGAUCUCUGGCGGGGUGGGGCCGGGCAUGGCGGGAGCGGCGGCGACGAGAGGAGGCGUUUCCGGCGAGUCGCAACAGCGACGGCGGGCCUCGGUCUCGUCGUUCGAAGAUAUGGCGGGAGCGGCGGAGGCGAGUUGUAGGCUAAAGAGCCCGCGCGGCGGCGGCGGUGGCAGCCGUCGGGGUGGCCGCCUUGGACAAAACUUGGUGGGCGUGAGCAAGGAAAAAGAGGGGGCAGGGGGGGGGGUCC